AUGGGGAGCACCACGGAGGAAUUAUCAAAGAUGUGGAACAAGCUACGCUUAUCGGAGGAAGAAGAAAGUGAUGUGGUGGUGCAAGAAGACGUGUUGGAAGAAGGAGUGAACAGGGGCUCUAAUUGCUUGGUGGGGCGGUUGAUUGUGGACCGAGUUAUAGCGAAAAGCACUGUUAGGGGUAUGCUGAUGAGAAGAUGGAGACCAACAGGGGAGCUAUCUUUCAAAGUAAUGGGAGAGAAUCUAUUCCUUCUGGAUUUUGAGAACCCUGGGGACAAAUUCUUGGUGCUUGAAGGCCGGCCUUGGGUUGUUGAUGGGAUUCUAUUCGCCAUUGAAGAUUUCGAUGGAAUUUCCACACCGGCCAGUAUUGAUUUUGAGAAUGUUGCCUUUUGGGUCCGGAUGUACAACUUGCCGCUAGCCUGUAUGAGUAGAGUUGUGGGUCAAAAACUGGGAGCAACCGUUGGAGAAGUGGUGGAAGUUGACACCAAUGAUGAUGGUAUGGGUUGGGGAGAAUUUUUGAGGGUAAGAAUCAAAGUUAAUGUGUCAAAACCCCUCGCCAAGGGACGCACGUUGAAAGUAAGGGGACAGGCAAUUUGGAUUGCUUUCCAGUAUGAAAGAAUCCCUCGUUUUUGCUUCAGCUGUGGUGUUAUUUCCCAUGGUCGUAGCGGCUGCCAGGAAGGAGCAAGAAAAAUAAUGCAUGGGGACGAGUUUGAAAUGCAAUUUGGGCCGUGGUUGAGAGCUGGAUCACCAAGCCGUCGACAGGAGAGGGGCUGGGGGCGUACGGGGGGUGAGUCCUCGGGGACUGAAUCUCCAUCCCUAUGGAGGAGCGAAGGCCAGGGCAGGGAGGCGCGUGAGGUCAAACCGGGAAACAGAGGAAAAUCAGGAGGCGAAUCUCAAAGCGAAACGGACGGUACUUCCGUCGGUUACGCUUCCAAUCUUAAAGGAGAUAUCCCUAAGAGUCAGGUUUUUCCUUCCGGGGAGAAUAUGGCUUUAAACGGAAAUUACGCUAAGGAAGGAGUGGGAGCCGUUUUUGGAAAUUAUGUCUCCUCUAGAAGGCAAGGUGGCGAUGCAGGUUUUAAACUGAAAGAUUCUUGCAUGAGUGGGUCACAGGAGGUAAAUGAGGAAAUUAUAUGGGGGUUUAAUGCUUCCCCUAACAUGCAGGAACGUGAGGUGGCAGGUCCCUCUUUGGACAUGCAAGAAGGGUUACGUGGAAACAAAGAGGGGAAUAACACUAUACAUGGCACGUGUAAAGUGAAUGAAAAUUUCGUGCAAGCUGUCCAAGGGGAGAAGUCACGAGAACAGAAGAAAAAAUCUGUCACCUCUUGGAAAAAGAGGGCCAGGAUCGGGUCUGGGGAAAAAAAGGAAGGGGUCGGAAUUCUCAGUAUUACUGGAGUGCGAAAGGCGGCAUCACUAGCGAAUGCCACUGAAAGCCCCUCAAGUCAGAAAAAAGGAAAGUGGAAUGAAGAUGGAAGGGAGUCAAGGGCGAUGGAUGAGGCGGUGGCUGAGGAACAGCCCCGCCAGUCUCAAUGA